AUGGAGGUGACUCUAAAGGUGCCGGUGCAGCCAGUACAGAGCAGCAACAGGCCCCCAGCAGCAGCAGGAACCACUGCUGCUGCUGCAGAAGGGACAGAAGCAGCUGAAGAAACAUCCCCACGAACCAUCACCACCCCAGCAUCAGGAGACGCCGUCGUGGCCCACUUCAACUCCAGCGAAGCUGCAGGCAGCACAGCGAUGCAGAAACUCGCAGACGAGGCUGAAGAAACAUCCCCACGAACCAUCACCACCCCAGCAUCAGGAGACGCCGUCGUGGCCCACUUCAAUUCCAGCGAAGCUGCGGGCAGCACAGCGAUGCAGAAACUCGCAGACGAAAUGCUGCCUCAGUCACACACUUGCUUUUUUCAGGUGGAUUUGCCUCCGUAUUCUAGCUACGGGGUGCUGCGGCGGAAGCUGCUGUACGCGGUGACAGAAGGCAUCGCCAUUGAUGCUGACAACACAGCAGACGCAGCGAACUGGGAGUUUGAGGGAGACUGA